AUGCUUCCUACACCCUGCACCUCCCACGUCUCCUUCGACACCAUCUACGAACCCUCCGAAGACUCCUACCUCUUCCUCGACACGCUUUCCUCCCCCUCCGAGUCCGCCUGGCUAUCAGCCCGCUUCACCUCCGCAUCGCCCUCGCCACUAGUCGUCGAAGUCGGCUGCGGCUCCGGCGUCGUGCUCGCCUUCCUCGCCGCAAACUCCCACCGAAUCUUCGGCCGGCGCGACAUCCUCACCCUCGCCACCGACGUCAACCGCGACGCAUGCAUCGCUACCCAGAAGACGAUCGGGAAGGCGAUCCACGAGCGCCAGGAUGCACCUCGCAGCGACAACAACAACAACAACAACAACAACAACAACAACAACAAUGAUCCCGAAGAUCAAGAAUCCCGAACACGGAACAAGAAGCAGUCCAAACCCCUCCCGUUAUCAGCCAUCACGGCAGAUCUCUGCAGCGCGAUCCGGCCCGGAAGCGUAGAUGUCCUGGUUUUCAACCCGCCUUAUGUGCCUACGCAGGAUCUGCCCCGGUUACCUUUGCCAUGUCUUGACGAUGACGAUGACGAUGACGAUGACGGGUCGGGGAGCGCCAAGUUCGACCGCGACUCGUACUUUCUUUCCCUGACGUAUGCGGGCGGGAAGGAUGGCAUGGAGACGACGGAGAGAUUGUUAGAUGCGAUCCCCGGGGUGUUGCAUGCGCAGCGGGGCGUGGCGUAUGUCUUGCUUUGUGCGCAGAAUCGGCCCCAGGAGGUGAAGGAGAGGAUUCGGCGGUGGGGGGAGCAAUGGAGGGCGGAGACGGUUGGGAAUAGUGGGAUGCAGGCUGGCUGGGAGAAGUUGGUUAUUGUCCGUAUAUGGAGGGAGAUGUGA